AUGAAGAUCGGUGGCUGUUCUCCAAUUCAAACCAGCAUGCAACUCUGGAUCGUCGGAAUGCUCACAGAACACCACUUGCUCAGCAGAGUUCCAAACAGUUUCCCAACUCGCAGUCAAGCCGAUACUGUUUCACACAUCUUGCGAAAACCUCAUUUCGAACAAAUGUUGGCUGCGAAUGCCCCCAGCAUUCGCGAGUUCGGUCAUGUCGCCCUGAACAACGUCAUGACCGGAGAAGAAUUCUUCACCAAGAUGAGAGAUUACUGUCGUCAAAACGCGUACACAGAAGGCUACAUCCCGCUCUGA